CUGGUAGCCAUCUUGGAUGUGCGGAGUGAUUGUUUGGCGAAAAUAAUUAAUACAAUUUAGAAAUAUAGCGUGAGGACUUGGGCAAAUACGAUUUAAAAGAGUGGGGUCAACUAAUAAAAGAAAAGCUUAAUCGGAAAAUCCAGUGAAAGAAGUAAGGCAUGAAGAAAGCAUCCUAGUCAACAGUCAUGGCUGAUAAAAGGAAACUUCAAGGUGAAAUAGAUCGAUGUUUGAAAAAAGUAACGGAAGGCGUGGAACAGUUUGAAGACAUUUGGCAAAAGCUUCACAAUGCAGCCAAUGCUAACCAGAAGGAAAAGUAUGAAGCCGACCUCAAGAAAGAGAUUAAAAAACUACAGCGUCUUCGAGAUCAGAUCAAGACGUGGGUGGCCUCCAACGAGAUCAAAGACAAAAGGCAGCUAGUGGAGAAUCGCAAACUCAUUGAGACGCAAAUGGAGCGGUUCAAGAUAGUGGAGCGAGAGACCAAGACAAAGGCGUACUCGAAAGAGGGGCUGGGCCUGGCACAGAAGGUGGACCCGGCCCAAAGGGAGAAGGAGGAGGUCGGCAAUUGGCUAACGAAUACGAUAGACACUCUGAACAUGCAGGUGGACCAGUUUGAGAGCGAAGUGGAGUCCCUCUCAGUCCAGACUCGCAAGAAGAAGGGAGACAAAGAGAAACAGGACCGCAUCGAAGAGCUGAAGCGCUUUAUCGAGAAGCACCGGUACCACAUCCGGAUGCUGGAGACCAUCCUGCGCAUGCUGGACAACGACACCUUGCCGGUGGAUUCCAUCCGCAAGAUCAAGGACGACGUGGAGUACUACAUGGACUCGUCGCAAGACCCCGACUUCGAGGAGAACGAGUUCCUCUACGACGACCUGGAUCUGGAGGAACUCCCUACCUCUCCCUCUGUCUCCCCCCAUCCAUCUCUUGUCUCUCUAGCCGGGUCGCUGGUGGCCAUGUCCCCACCGGGCCAAUCGCUCCUGGACGACGAUCUCUUCCAUCAGAUCUCCAGCGGCACGCCUACCUCCACCACUUCCUCCUCGCCCGUCCCCGCCCCUUACACUACGGAGAACUCUGAAGAUGACAAGAAAAGGGGACGUUCGACAGACAGUGAAAUCAGUCAGUCGCCUGUCAAGAAUGGCAACCCCUCUUCGUCGUUAUCUUCCUCCUCCUCAUCUUCCUCCUCGUCCUCCUCCUCUUCAUCAUCUGCCUCCUCGGGAGCCUCCUCGGGAGCCGCCUCUUCCUCGCUGGGCUCUAUGGCGACCAUCGCCGGAGGCGGCCAGGCCAUCACUGGGGGCAACAACAACAGCCUUCUGGGCAACAUGGGGGGUCUCCUCUCCAACUCUGGCAGCUACAGCAACGCCACCCAGCAGCAGCUGCAGCAACUGCAGCAGCAUCACCAAACCCAGCAGGCCAGAAACUCAGUCAUCUCCUCCAACGCCCCCUCCAACUCCAACCCCAGCCCGUCGAACAACAUCCUUCUCUCCAGCCCCUCCGCCUCCUCGCCCGCCAACUCUAGCACAACCCUCACACCCAACACCCUGCAGCAGGCUCCGUCAAGGCCUUCUCCUGCCUCCACCUUGGGGCUCGGGUUGGGCUUGGGCCUUGGUAAAGGCGGCAUGAGUGGGUCACCGGCCGUCAGCCAGAUGUCGGGCCUUGGCCUGUCAGGGAUGCCGGCGUCCUUAAACACCAUGGCCGGGCUCCUGGCGGGCUCCACUUCGGCCCCCUACGCCACGGCAGCAGCAGGCUCCGGAACCAUCGGAAGCCCCCUAGCAGGGAAAAUCAGCAGCGUGAGCACUAGCAGCACUAACUCCAGCACAGUGGGACUGGUGAGCGGAAACGGCGUCAGCGACAGAUCCGCAGGCCUGUUGGGCUCUUCAGUUGGUGUCAGCGGUGGGAUCCUGGGCCUCAGUGGCCUUAGCUCAGGGCAGUCGGCAGUCCAGGGCCCUCCCCUGGUGGCCCCCAGUCCCAUAGGAGGAGGCCUGGCCCCUGGAAGCAGCCUGGGAGCCAUAGGAAACAUUGGAGGGAACUCUGGUUCAGGAGCACCAAGCAACAGUGUGGGCAUCGUAGGAGGAAGUGCGGCGGUCGCAAGGCUGCCCGGUGGACAGAAGCAGAAUGGUAGCACUAGUUACAGUGCUGUAGUAGCAGACAGCACACCAGAUUCCGCCCUCAACAGUACCAGCAAAUUACAAAGCAGCCAACCCUCGUCUUUGACCUCCACCACCAAUCAGCCUAAAGACAGUGGCCCCAGCCUCUUAGGGUCCUCGUCGUCCUACAUUGAGAGUAAACCUCCAGGCAGCAGUAUGCUCAACGGGCCACUCUCCUACACACAGUCCUCUGAAAGCAUGAAGCCCCAGGAGCCUCUGAGCACUGUGAAGUCCAUGGCCGAACAAGCGGCACUGGGCUCAGGAAUGGAGGGAGAGAUGCCCGCUCUGCACCUCACCACAGACAUUUUCCCCAGCGCUACAGCCCCCCCGGGGCCUCCCUCGGCCCCCCAGCAGCCCUCGCUCUCAGAGGUCAGCAUCCCCCCAUCGCUGGGUGUGUGCCCGCUGGGGCCCGUGCCCCUGUCCAAAGACCAGCUGUACCAGCAGGCCAUGCAGGAGUCGGCCUGGACACACAUGCCCCAUCCCUCCGACUCAGAGAGGAUCAGGCAGUACCUGAUGAGGAACCCGUGCCCCACCCUGCCUUUCCACCACCAGGUGCCGCCCCCCCACUCCGACUCUGUAGAGUUCUACCAGAGACUGUCCACAGAGACACUGUUCUUCAUCUUCUACUACCUAGAGGGCACUAAGGCCCAGUAUCUGGCAGCCAAGGCCUUGAAGAAGCAGUCGUGGCGGUUCCACACCAAGUACAUGAUGUGGUUCCAGAGGCACGAGGAGCCCAAGACCAUCACAGAUGAGUUUGAGCAGGGGACGUACAUUUACUUUGACUACGAGAAGUGGGGCCAGCGGAAGAAGGAAGGAUUCACGUUUGAGUACAGGUACCUUGAAGACCGAGACCUCCAGUGACAUAAGGCAGAGAAGGAGAAUAAAAGAAGGGUGGACUACUGUCGACAUUCCUGGAUUGAACUCAACACACUGGGAAGAGGGACGGAUGCAGACGCGAGACUGAGCCAGUCUUAGCAGAGCAUAAUGCAUUUGGAGCUCCUCCCUCUUUGCCCUGCGAAGCCACACCCCUACAGUGAUAAACCCCUCCCCUUUUCCCCAUCAGGCCGUUUUGAUUUAGACUGACGCUUUUAAUCUCUUACCUGAACUGGAUCCCCUUUUUUUUUGGCAGAUAAGAAAAUCAUGAUUUCAUAUGUUUGGUUGAUAAUGCACUCUGUAUUCUGUGUAUAUAUAUUUUUUUCUUCAAAACUCACCUACCACUCAUUGACAGAACCAAAGAUGAUUGGUCAAAUCUGUCUUAAUUCCUAGCAGUAUGGCAGUCCAAUUUAAAAAAAGAAGUGACAAGGCACAGAGAAAGGCCAAUCAAAUGAGCCCUUGGGGGAUGUUGGGGGGGGGGUCCAAAGCCUAAAGCGUUUCACAGCAGUCAGGUCAUCGCUGGGUUGUACACAAGCUAAAGCCUAGAUUGUAAACGGUAGCAUUUCCAUGCUACAAUAAGGGCUUAUUGGGGUGACUCCAUGUUUUUAUCCCUAAUGAAUAGACUCUUCAGGGUCACCAGCCCCACCCUAAUGUUAAACUAAUAGCUGCCUCUUGGGUACACCCAGCAUUGACCACACUGCCAUAAAGAUUGCUAUAGUACAACAUGGUAACCCAUUCCUCCAUUCAUUCCUAUCCCAAGUUACAACAUUACGUUUCUAUUGCUGUGGUCAACAGCAACAGAAACCACACCAGCACUGAAGCGUCUCGUCUGUAGAGAAAGUUUACAGGUGUUUUAACCCAAGAGGCGGGCUUUUACAAUAAAACUCAAGGCUGCCCUAGUAAUAACAAUUCAUUAUUUUUGUUUCCGUCACUUUGAUAAUAAUGUACAAAUCAGUUGUGAUUGCACUUCCAAAUUCACUUCAACCACCAGGUAGAUAUUUCAUUUUCUCAGGAUGUGUUUGAUGGAUCAUUAUGUGAGGAAAUAUACUAUGUCAGAAGCUCCAUCAUUGCAACACAAAAACCCCCACAGAAAUCAGACUGACACCCCUGGGCAAUUUUGUUUUGUCUGCCCCAACAAGGUUUUCUAUUCCCCUUUAAUGGCCAUUCUUUUCAUUUCUAUAAGGCUUUUAAAAAAUAGUAUCCUCCAAUGUUUGGAGUGCAAUCUUAAGUUUGUCAUUUUCGUUUGCCUAUGUCUCAGCGAUGGAAAGCGUUUAAAUUCUAAAGAGUGAGACCGAGUUUUUUAAAGAGAACUUGUCGGGGCACCAUUCACUGACAAGCCUGCUGUUUUUAAUGUUAUCUUUACCUAUUUGGCGAGCGGAAGGGAAGAGAAGUCAUCCAGAGGCGAAAUGUGAAUCUCUCUGUAUAGACUUCCAUUUUCAUCCUUUUUGUUUGUCGUUGUCUUCUGGACAGCAUGACACUUGUAAGGUGGAGCUGAGAAAAAAUGCAGUGAAUAUGAACCAUAAUCAUGAAUAAAGGAUUGUAAAAUAUUAAUAAAAUAAUUACUUUUCAGAA